AUGCAAUCAUCGGAGGCAAGCGCUGCCUAUAUAAGCGGGGACCUUCGAGCCUCUGACGUCAGAGUUGUUGUGGCAGCGUUCCAGGAUCAUCGCUGGCAGGGCGACCACAGUGCAGGAAGCUUCACUAAAUUCUAUUGUUCCAACCCCACCACCAGAGCCUCAGGCGGAGCCUGCACUACAAAAUCAGCACAGGUUGCCGGGGCCAUCGCGGGGUCCCUGAUUCACUUCGCUCUCGGAGCCAUCGUUGGACUGUCGGGUGUAGUCUUGCCCGAGAUGACGAAUAGCAACUCAUCGGACCUGGUCCUCUCUGCAGAACAAGCGGCCCUCUUUAGCAGUUUGAUGAACAUUGGCGCGAUGGCUGGCAGUGUCACCAGUGGUCCUCUUAUGAUAUUCCUUGGACAAAGAAUAACACUCCUGGUGGCUCUACCUCUGGCUGCAGUUGGCUGGUUUCUGUUGGCAUUCACACCAUCGGUUUGGCUCCUCCAGGUAGCAAGAAUCCUUUUGGGAUUUGUUUCCGGAAUUUACGGAGGACCAUCAGCGAAUUAUGUGGCAGAAAUCUCCCACACCUCAGUGCGAGGACGACUUACUGGGUUGGUAGACCUUCUUCGUCAGUUAGGUUUCCUCUUCGUCUACGUUGUUGGCAGCAGCGGAUUGUCAUGGCGGCAAACAGCCAUGGUCUGUGGUGCAACCACAACCAUAAUUCCGUUUUUAUUUUUGAUAUUCUUGCCGAACUCUCCUCGUUGGUUAGCCACAAGGUCCAGAUUCCCCGAAGCCAGACAAUCCCUUAAGUUCUACAGAGGGAAAAAUUACGCGGUUGAUGUAGAACUCGAGGAUAUUAGUGAACAACUUCGAGUUACGAGCAAAACUACCAGCAUCGCAGAACAAUUGAAGGUACUUCGAAAGCGUCCGGUGUUAAAGAUAAUGUCUGUUCUUAUAUUCAUGUUUUUUGCUUAUCAGUUUUGUGGAAACUUUUCCAUGAUUGUUUUCUCGGUGACUAUUUUCCAGUCAGCCCAGAGCAACAUCGACGGGUAUACAAGUACCAUCAUAGUAGGAGCUGUGCGGGUCCUAGGAGUUCUUGCGUACAUAUCCUUGGCUGAUAAGAUAGGGAGACGCUCUUUGUUGAUAAGCUCCCUAGUUCUGUCUAGCUUAGCCAUGAGCGUCAUGGGACUUUACUUCUACUUGAAAGUAAUGAAUGUCGUACUCACGCAGAUUCAGUGGCUCCCUUUAGCUUCAAUGGGGGUUUUCAUUUUCUUUACAUGCAUCGCUGAACCUGCCUUGAUACUCUUACGGGCAGAGUUGUUGCCUACAGCAAUAAGGUCGGUAGGCGUUCCCAUUAUUUAUGUAUUUUUCUUUUCGGGGGCUUUCCUAGUAUCUUAUCUGUACCCAUUUAUGGUGGAUAAAAUAGGCUCACAUGGAACUUUUUGGAUCUAUGCUGCCGAUGGAAUCAUCAUGGCAGUUGUGGGAACAAUAUUCAUUCCUGAAACUCUCGCUAAAAGUUUAGAGGACAUCGAGAAAACGUACAGACCGUCUAAAUAGAAAGACAGAUUACACAGAUUGAUUUGAACUGUAUGAAUGGUAAUUAUAAUUUCAUUUGUAUCUGAGAAUAGAUUAAAGAAGAAAAACUAAAGGGUUCAUAUGUAGAUUUUUUAUACAUGUCUAUGAUCUGCAAAAAGUAUUUUUAUGUACAAGUUAUUGCAAAUAUAUUUGUAUCGCAUUUAAGGUGUAUAUAUUGUUUUUCGAUGCUUCUGCUUGUAUCGUGGGUUCAGUGCGGGAGAAAAUGAUCCAUAGCUCCUGCAUCGUUCGUAAAGACGCUUGAUAUAUUGUUAAAAAUUACUUUUUAGGAAGAUUU